UACUACGAUGACGUAGAUUCACCUUUUUCAUAAGAAAUAAAUCUCUAGUGACAUUUACACUCAUCGGGUUUAUACUUAUGGACUGAAGACGUGAAGUUUGCCGUUUGUGCCGAACAUCGAUUUGUACCUAUUUCGAAUAAAUUGUUUGAAUGUAUUCGCGGGCAUUUGUCGGGCUUCGCUAAAGGAUUCUUUCGAAGUAUAGCUCCAAUAUCAAUGAACUUAAUAAGACAAUAAUUAUUUUCCGAGCGUGGUAUUUCAAUCUUCAAGGAAUAACAUAUGUUGAUUAAAAAUGGUAUGGCGAAACAGGGCACGUCGAAAAGCAGUUCUUGUUGGUAUAAUUUUGGGGUUUACUAUUAUGUACAAUGAGUUUAUUAUCUAUGAGAUUCAAAAAUUGCGGUGGGCAGUGCAUAACUGUAAGGAUUGCGUCAAAGUGUUGCUGGUUGCCGAUCCACAGAUCUUAGGUGAAAGGAAUGAAAAUUAUUUUGGAUCAUGGUUGGCAAGAUGGGAUAGUGACAGAUUUACAGCAAAGACUUUCUCCAGAGCUUUAAGACAUUCACGACCACAUGUCAUUGUAUUUCUUGGAGAUCUUAUGGAUGAAGGCCAUUUAGCAUCUAACGAUGACUUUAAAAAAUACAAGCAACGAUUAGACAAUAUAUUUUAUACUCCAAAUCACAUAAUGAAAAUAUACCUACCAGGUGAUAAUGAUAUAGGAGGAGAGGAAGAUUCGGUGUCAACAAGAAUUCACAACAGAUUUAAAUUCGCUUAUACUCAACCUGAUACAUUGACUUAUAAAAAUGUAAUAUUCUUUAAGGUUAAUAGGUUGACUCAUUUCAUGCCAGCAGCCCCAAAGGAUGCCUUUCUUAAUGACUAUACCGAAAGAAACACAACCAAUAUUGUACUUAGUCAUAUGCCUUUAUUAUUUGUACCUGGAAAUUUUGUACGAGACGUUCUUAAAGAGCUAUCCCCGCAAAUAAUAUUCACUGCGCAUGAACAUAAAGCUCUCCAUAUGAGUUUGGACACUGCAACGGAUCAGCUGAGCGAGGUUUGGAUUCUUCCGCCUCAUAAAAGUCCGUUUUAUCAGCUGAGAUUAGAUGUGGGCGAUGUUCAUGAAUUGCAAAUACCAACCUGUUCCUACAGGAUGGGAACAAGGCAUAUGGGCUAUGGUUUAGCCUAUAUUAAUACGCAAGAAAAGAUAAUGGAAUUUACGAUUUUGUGGUUACCUAACAGAUUUACUUACGUGCUAGUAUACCCUUUUGUGAUCGCGGCAAUUGUUGUACUUUUGAUUCUUUUUACAUUUGGGUUUGGUUGUUGUUCAUACAGUCGACCAAUUUACAGUCGAAUAUCUCCUAGUUAAUCAGACCCAAGCAUGUAUUACUAACGAUUGCAAAUACUUAAUAUUAAUAGUUAUAAUACUCAAUUUGCUGAUCCGUCCACUAAAAGUGAUCUGUAAUCACUCUGCAACCAAUGAAAGUGUUAGCUAAAAAUCAUGCUCCAGUAGACAUAACUAAAAGUGCUUAUCGACAUUCUAGGUAAAGAAAGUGUCGAAUAAACGUCGGAUUAUUACCAAUGUACUCAUAGGUUUUAGGAAAGGUCAUUGGAAAAUAUUAAUACGUUGACGUCAUUAUUGGUAUUCCCAUAAAUUGUUUUUCUUGUGGGAAGUUAUCGUUGACCAUGACAGCAGAGAGCGACUUAGUUUUGUGUAAAGAUAAUUGUAGUAUUUCUAUGUGUAUACAAAUAUUUUAUAUUAUAGCGUUCUCUCAGACAUUGUAUAUUAUGUACUUAUGUAAUUAUGUAUUUCAUUAACACGCAAUGUACUUAGAAGACUAGUAAUAAAAACUUUUUAGUCAUUGUA